GUCAUCGCCGCGCGCCGCCGCCUGCGCUUUUGCCACUUCGCGGGAGAAGUUGUUGGCGCCAAUGGAUCCCGAGCCUCGAUAACGGAUUUCCCCCAGCCGCAGUCCUGCCCACCUGCUCCUCUUCGGUCGAGGGGCUGCGAUGGACAUUCGGAAAUUCUUUGGGGUUAUACCAAGUGGAAAAAAGCCUUUAAAUGAGACAGUAAAGAAGAAUGAGAAAACCAAACCUUCAGAGGGAACUGUCAAAGGAAAGAAAGGAGUAAAGGAAGCCAAGGUUAACAAUUCCUGUAAAGAGGAUGCCUCCAGGUCAAAGCAAAACAGCAAGAAAAAGAGGAUCAUCUAUGAUUCAGAUUCAGAAUCAGAGGAGACCGUACAGGUGAAAAAAGCUAAAAAGAAAACAGAAAAAUUGCCGUUGUCUUCUAAACCUGGUAAAGUUUCUCAGAAGGAUCCUGUUACAUACAUUUCUGAGACGGAUGAAGACGAUGACUUUGUAUGUAAAAAGGCAGCUUCCAAAUCAAAAGAGAAUGGAGUAUCUACAAAUAGUUACCUUGGAGCAUCAAACAUGAAAAAGAAUGAAGAAAACACUAAGACUAAGAAUAAACCUUUAUCACCAAUAAAACUGACACCAACAUCAGUGCUCGAUUAUUUUGGAACGGAAAGUGUCCAGAGAUCUGGUAAGAAGAUGGUGGCAAGCAGGAGAAAAGAGUCUUCUGAAAACACAGAUGACUCCAGAUUCAAUGAUGAGGCCAUCGCCACACAGUUGCAGCUUGAUGAAGAUGCUGAGCUGGAGAGGCAGUUACAUGAAGAUGAAGAGUUUGCUCGAACAUUAGCCAUGUUGGAUGAAGAACCCCACACCAAAAAGGCUCGAAAGGACUCUGAAGAGGGAGAAUCAUUUUCAUCUUUCCAAGCUGAUUUAAGCAAAGCAGAAAAACAUAAAAGCCCUAAUAAAGCAGAGCAUUUCUUAAAUGAAAGGAAGACCUAUAGUCCUGCUAAGCCUGGCAAGGGCGGGAGGCCAAAGGCAGCUCCGGAGCCCUGCCGGUCACCAGCUCAUCAGAGGAAAGCCUCUUCUUCCCCCAAGGCCAGUUCCAAGCUAGCACUUAUGAAAGCCAAAGAAGAAAGCUCCUACAAAGAAGCAGCGUUGAUGGCCACAAAAAGAAAAGAGAGUGCUAUUGACCUUAAAGAAGAGAAAAAAACUCCUAAGAAAACCAAAAGUUCUCCAGCUAAAAAGGAGUCUGUAAGUCCAGAAGAUUCUGAAAAGAAGCGCAUUAAUUAUCAAGCUUAUCGAAGCUACUUGAAUCGAGAAGGUCCCAAAGCUCUGGGCUCCAAAGAAAUACCCAAGGGAGCUGAAAAUUGCUUGGAAGGCCUGACAUUUGUGAUCACAGGCGUCCUGGAGUCCAUUGAACGGGAAGAAGCCAAGUCUCUAAUUGAACGUUACGGGGGGAAAGUCACAGGAAAUGUGAGCAAGAAAACCAACUACCUCGUCAUGGGCCGGGACAGCGGGCAGUCCAAGAGUGACAAGGCAGCAGCUCUGGGAACAAAAAUCCUUGAUGAAGAUGGCCUGUUGGACCUGAUUCGAACUAUGCCAGGCAAGAAAUCCAAGUAUGAAAUAGCUGCUGAAGCUGAGAUGAAAAAAGAAAAGUCCAAAUUGGAGCGAACACCCCAAAAAAAUGACGACGGAAAAAGAAAAAUUAGUCCAACCAAGAAGGGGUCAGAGUCUAAAAAGAGCAAGCUGACUCCCCAAAAGGACAGUCCUGCAAAAGCAAUGAAGAAGGAAGCAAAUGUGCUUCGGAGGGGCCUGGACUUCAAGGAGCAGGCAGUCGAGGAGACGAGCGCCCACAGCAGUGGGAGUGUGGUGGAGAGCCUGCUUUGGGUGGAUAAGUACAGGCCCACCUCGCUCAGGAACAUAAUCGGACAGCAGGGUGACCAGAGCUGUGCCAACAAACUGCUGCGCUGGCUCAGAGACUGGCACAAGAGUUCUCCUGAAGAGAAAAAACAUGCAGCAAAGUUUGGCAAACUUUCCAGCAAAGAUGAUGGCUCCAGUUUCAAAGCAGCACUGCUCUCUGGCCCUCCAGGUGUUGGCAAAACCACUACAGCUUCUCUUGUGUGUCAGGAAUUGGGCUACAGUUACGUGGAACUAAAUGCAAGUGAUACUCGGAGUAAGAACAGUUUGAAAGCAAUUGUUGCUGAAUCACUGAACAACACCAGCAUCAAAGGCUUUUAUACAAGUGGAGCAGCUCCUUCAGUAAGUUCAAGGCAUGCUCUCAUCAUGGAUGAGGUCGAUGGCAUGGCAGGCAACGAGGACAGGGGUGGUAUUCAGGAACUUAUAGGCCUGAUAAAGCAUACUAAAAUUCCCAUCAUUUGUAUGUGCAAUGACAGAAAUCACCCCAAAAUUCGCUCAUUGGUUCAUUAUUGUUUUGAUCUUCGUUUCCAAAGACCUCGGGUUGAACAGAUUAAGAGUGCAAUGCUGUCUAUUGCAUUUAAAGAGGGUUUAAAGAUCCCCCCUCCAGCUAUGAAUGAAAUAAUUUUGGGAGCUAAUCAAGAUAUCAGACAGGUUUUACACAAUCUGAGUAUGUGCUGUGCACAAAGUAAGGCACUAACCUAUGACCAAGCCAAGGCCGAUUCUCAGAGGGCCAAGAAGGAUAUCAGACUGGGCCCAUUUGAUGUUGCCCGCAAAGUGUUUGCAGCUGGAGAGGAGACUGCACACAUGUCACUGAUGGACAAAUCGGAUCUUUUUUUCCAUGACUAUUCCAUAGCACCCCUCUUUGUCCAGGAAAACUACCUUCAUGUGAAGCCUGUGGCUGCAGGGGGUGACAUGAAAAAGCAUUUGAUGCUUUUAAGCCGGGCAGCAGAUAGCAUAUGUGAUGGCGACUUAGUGGACAGUCAGAUACGGAGCAAGCAAAACUGGGGUCUUCUGCCCACACAGGCCAUUUAUGCCAGUGUUCUUCCUGGAGAAUUGAUGAGGGGCUAUAUGACCCAGUUUCCUACCUUCCCGAGCUGGCUGGGCAAACACUCCUCUACAGGCAAACAUGAUCGGAUUGUUCAGGACCUAGCCUUGCACAUGAGUCUGAGAACUUACUCCAGCAAAAGGACGGUGAACAUGGAUUACCUGUCACACAUCAGAGACGCACUUGUACGACCCUUGACCUCACAAGGGGUAGAGGGAGUUCAGCAUGUUGUCACACUUAUGGACACGUACUACUUGAUGAAAGAAGACUUUGAGAACAUCAUGGAAGUUAGCAGCUGGGGUGGCCAGGCCAGUCCCUUUUCCAGGCUGGAUCCCAAGGUGAAAGCAGCCUUCACGAGAGCUUACAAUAAGGAGACCCACCUGACCCCAUACUCACUUCAGGUGGUAAAGACACCAAGACCCAGCAUAGGCCUACCACUGGAUUCUGAAUACAGUGAAGACUUACAGGAAGACGACACGCAGUCUGAGGAGAAAGAGCAGGACGCCAUAGAGACUGAUGCCAUGAUCAAGCAGAAAAAGACAAGAUCUUCAAAGCCUUCAAAACCAGAAAAAGAUAAGGACUCCAAAAAAGGAAAAGGAAAAAAUUGGAAGAAAUGAAACCAUUGUUAAGUACCAGUAACUGCUUUUAACUUCCUCUCUCGACUGUUCCAGCUGGUCUAGAGACCAGAAGUCUCACCGUUUGCCAGAGUAACCAGUUAUGUAUAGCAGAGUGGGGUGGCCUGGUGUUCCCAUUAUAAAGGACGGUACAGCUAGAAGGUCUAACUAGCCAGCUCUCACGCACCUCUUACAGAGGUGGAUAGGACUGCGCCAGCCCCACCCUGUCCCUGCCAACUUGGGAUUCAAGGUGACUAUGUAGACUCAAAACUUGAAAGUACACAGGCUUUGGAGUCAGAUUAGUUAGCCAUAGCAAGUCUGGGCACAGUGGGACCGAGGCAUCUUUUGUAGUUUAAGUUUAUCCUAAUGGCCUUUAGAGGACCCAUGCUAAUUUUUUAAAAAAACAUGGUAGUUUUAUUUUAUGGUGAAAUUCUGUAAAUAAACCUUAAUACCAAGCAGCCACCAUCUGGAGCUGAGUAUUCUUGGUCUAUUGGCAGGUGUCGUGCAAAGUAUGCUUCAGGGCUCCAAUGUCCAUGGAAUGCAUGGGGCACUCAUAAGAUUGGCGUCUUGUACAGGAAAAUAUUAUGUUGCUAUAUUACUUUUCUUAUUGAUUGGAUUAAAAUAUUCAGUGUUUCCUAUUAUCGCUGAAGAGCAGUUUUGCAGGUGAAGGGUCAGAGCUCAAAUUCCCAGCGUCCCUUUGUGUUGACCACAUUGCUGCUGUAGGAAGUCUGAGAGAGGCCUCUUGGCUAGUCAGGGUGUGCAGACAGGGGACCGCUCAACAUUCCUGUCCUCCUGCAGGCUCAGCCAUCAGGUUAAAAGCACAGGCUGGGUCAGAUUCACAGGCCUGUUCUAGCUGGGAGAUGCUGUCCUGUGAUGGAGCCCAUAAACCCUAGAGGGUUUCAGAUUGCAACUGCAACUGUGCUUGUUGAAGGACCCUGGGGCUGUGGAUGAAACCUGGCCUUUAGGUAUUUAGUUCUUUAAAUCAGAAGGUGCUCAGAGGACUGUGCUGCCUCUGUGAGGUAAUGCCAAAAAGAAUAUAGAGGACCAUGCCUUUGAGGACUUGGGCAUGUUGGGAGAGGAGUCAAAGUCCUGGAGACAUUGAAAGUGUAUUAACCCGUGUGAAAGAUGUGUUUCAUGGAGAUCGGUUCAUUAUGGAAAUAAAACACUGCCGCAAGCCUGA